ACAUUGAUGAAUGCUCAGAAGGGAACUUCAGUUGCGACCCAAAUGCAACUUGUAUCAAUAGUCAAGGCUCAUACAAUUGUCAAUGUAAAAACGGAUUCCAGGGGAAUGGAAAACAGAAUUGCACAGGUAUAAAGUUUUUUAUGAAAAUAAUCCAUUAUUUUCUUUGAGUCAAUCAUUUUGGGUAUCUAAAGAUUUUUAAGGACUAAAAUCUUGCAAAUAUUCAGAUAUUGAUGAAUGUUCCGAGGAGUCGACCAACGAAUGUCAUUUGAAUGCAACUUGUUCAAACACUCCAGGUUCGUAUGAAUGCGAAUGUCGAACUGGAUAUCAUGGACUUGGACGUGCUUGCACAGGUACACUCUAUGUUAGUAAAAGGCCCCUAACUCUAAAUAUAAAUUCCUUAUCAAUAUAUUUUGUGCACUGAAGUCAAAUUAAAUAAAUUUUGAGUCAUAAUAUUUUGACUAUUUCAGACAUUGAUGAGUGCUCUGAUGGAAACUUCACUUGUCACCCAAAUGCAACUUGCAUCAAUACUCAAGGCUCGUACGAAUGUCAAUGUAAAAACGGAUUCCAGGGGAAUGGAAAACAGAAUUGCACAGGUAUAAAGUUUUUUAGGAAAACAAUCCUUUAUUUUCUUUGAGUCAAUCAUUUUAGGUUUCUAAAGAUUUCUAAGGACUAAAAUCUUGCAAAUAUUCAGAUAUUGAUGAAUGUUCUGAGGAGUCCACCAACGAAUGUCAUUUGAAUGCGACUUGUUCAAACAUUCCAGGUUCGUAUGAAUGCGAAUGUCGAGCUGGAUAUCGUGGCCAUGGACGUGCUUGCACAGGUAUACUCUAUUUCAGCAAAAGAGGCACUUGCUCUAAAAAUAUAUUCUUUAUCAGUGUAUUUCAGACACUGAAGUCAACCUAGACAAAUUUUGAGCCAUAAUAUUUUGACUAUUUCAGACAUUGAUGAAUGCUCUGAUGGAAACUUCACUUGUCAUCCAAAUGCAACUUGCAUCAAUACUCAAGGCUCAUACAACUGUCAAUGUAAAAACGGAUUCGAGGGGAUUGGAAAACAGAAUUGCACAGGUAUAAAGAUUUCUGAUGAAAACAGUCCAUUAUUUUCUUUGACUCAAAUCAUUUUACGUAUCUAAAGAUUUCUAAUAACUAAAAUCUUGCAAUUAUUCAGAUAUUGAUGAAUGUUCUGAGGAGUCGACCAACGAAUGUCAUUUGAAUGCAACGUGUUCAAACACUCAAGGUUCCUAUCUAUGCGAAUGUCGAACUGGUUAUCAUGGGCUUGGACGUGCUUGCACAGGUACACUCUAUUUUAGUAAAAGGGCCCCUAACUCUAAAUAUAAAUUUCUUAUCAAUAUAUUUUGGACACUGAAGUGAAGCUAAACAAUUUUUGAGUCAUAAUAUUUUGACUAUUUCAGACAUUGAUGAGUGCUCUAAUGGAAACUUCACUUGUCACUCAAAGGCAACUUGCAUCAAUACUCAAGGCUCAUACACAUGUCAAUGUAAGAAAAGAUACGUGGGCGAUGGAACAAACAACUGCACAGGUAUAAAAUUUUUUUAUGAAAACAAUCCAUUACACUGAAGUCAUGCUAAACAAAUAUUUAAUCAUAAUAUUUUGAUCAUUUCAGAUAUUGACGAAUGCUCUGAAAGAAACUUCACUUGUCACCCAAAUGCAAAUUGCAUCAAUACUCAUGGCUCGUACGUAUGUCGAUGCAAAAUUGGAUACGAGGGGGACGGGAUAAAGAAUUGCACAGGUAUUAAGUUUUUUUAUAAAACAAUUUAUUUGUUCCUCAUAAACAACACAAAAUAGCGAAAUUCAAUUUCGUUAUAGGAUUAGGUUAACCUGCACAUAACCUGAAAACUAACCAACCGUUACGGUUUCACUGUUUCUGGCCGUAACGAAUGCUUUGAAGGAAACUUCGCAUGUCGCCCAAAUAUUUGGAUAACUCUGAGAAGAAAUGUAAUACAUCAUUAAUAUUGCAAAAAACCAUCAUAUUCAUCUUAAUUACAUUUACAAAGGACGUAAACUUCAUGGAAAGCAGGAAGUAGUUAAUAUUUGAAGAUACCUUUCGAAAACUUUAUAAAUUAAUAUAAAUUAUAAAAAAUAUUAAUAUAAUAAAUAUAUAUUAAUAUAAAAAAUAUUCAAGUAAUUAAUAUUGCCGCGUAUAUCACUCUUGAACCCCGGAAAAUUAUUAUGCAACCUAAAACGUUCAUAUUUUCGUCCAGAAACAGCAAUAACACCACAUUUAUCUACCAUAGAUAAUCGACUAUGCUCUAUUUAUAAACAUAAACAACGAACGCUGUUUAUCAGAAUGUUGUAUUUUUGAAAAUAAUUUACCGUUUUACGUUGGCGCCGAAUUGUUAAUGAUCCCGCGUAAAUUAUUUGUGGACAUGAACCACGUUAACUUUGCUCAUGUGAACACGAGAAAUUAUGACCCGUGACAAUGACUUGUCGGGGGAUACCUGUUUGUCCCAGAAAUAAUACAAUUUACUAUUUACAGUUGAAACCAUUGUUUAACGUGAUUUACAAAUCAGAAUGAUCUUAUUUUCAUCUUCUGUUGCAUAGACAAUUGUGCACAUCAACCAUGUAACUCUAAGGAAAAAUGCAUCAGUGGAACUUCAUACGAGUGUAUAUGCCUUAAUGGAUAUUUUGGACAAGGGAAAACAUGUUCAGGUAUAUUUUACAGCAUUAACCUUAUAGAGUCCCGAUUUUUUAUAUCCAUGAACAUUAGUUUUACAAUUUUUUCGAACAAUAGAAUCGACACCAUGAUACUACCACAAAAUUCUGUUGAGCAAACAUUUGCAACCACAAUGUAGCCCAGACAGAAAUUGCGAUUUGUCUCUAUCUUUUCCACACGCAAUAUUGAUAUGCCCGUAUAGAAUUUUUAUCGAGCAGACAGCAAUGCAUUUCUUUCAGAUUUUAGAUAACAUUUAGCAAAACGUAUCUACCAACAAUUUUCACGUCACAAACUUUCCAAACCUACUAAAUUCAUUAAUUUCCAGCAAUUUUUGAAAUUAUCAAAAAAUACGUGGUUGUAGAUGGUAAAUGUGUUAGCAAUAUGUCUCAACAAAAUGGUUCAUAAUUCUGUUUAUAGAAAUCAUUUUCUUCCGACUUUAUUUGGCUAUAAAAUUUUGCCCCACAAACCUGUUGUUAUUUCAAUAUAAAAACAAUCAAAUUACGUUGGUCUUUCAAUUUCGAAUGCCGUUUUAAAAUAAGAAUUGAAAAUGCAAUACUUGGUUAAUUUAAUUAAUUUAGUAAUUUAUUUAAAUUAUGCAUAUUCAUAAUAUUUUUCGAAAGAAAAGUAAAUCGUCUCAGACUUGUAUUUUGGAAAUUACACAUAGAUAUACUAGAAAACGAGCCGCUGAGUUUUCGACAGACCCUGAGUGGAUGGUUGCCACAAGAAGGUCGAGGAAAUUGGAGCGUUUGCUGGCGAGCAACAACAGAUGGUUGGGAUUCCAAAAAAUUCCACUCCAGAUGCGACGAGAAAAAACCAACUUUGACAUUAGUGAAAGUUGGUGCUUUCAUAUUCGGGGGAUAUGCUACCGAAUCAUGGGAUGGUAAGUGUAAGUUGGAAAUUAUCAUAGCAUGCAAAAGUCUCUUCUUUAAGGUAUAAGUAACAGCUGUAACUCUUAUAACCGGGAAACCCACAAUGCAGAGUGGAAUAUAUGCAUGCCGCUUGUUAACGCAUAUAUAAAAUUCCAUUGGUGUUCAUGUGAGGAAGAGCCAGUCCGUGGGUAUGUGAGAUCUUGCCUUGCGCUAUGGGUGUGAUCUCAGUCAAGGGAGUCAAAUUUUGAAUAUGAAGGCCUUAUCCUACCUGAUCGGGACGGAAAUUUUCCGAUUUGAAUUAUAAGAUAGUAUUGUAAUAUAGUAAACUUUUGUAAAAUCCAAACAAAAAAUAAACGUCAAUAUAUCUAAGCAGACAUACGGUUAAGGUAGUGCAACAAGGUGCAUUUUGUUUUAAUUUAUUACGACAACAUAUUUCGAGGACGUCAUGUUCACAUAAUAGAGAUCUUACGAUUUUAGGACGGCAACGGCUACCAAUAUACAAUAGAUCAUUGAAAGGAAUUGUGUAAUUACAAUAUUUUUAUAUAUAAUUUAGACAUUGUCCUCGCUCUGUUUACAACGCUAAAUCACAGAUUUUCACGUCUUGAUACAACGGCUGCAUUCCAAGCCACAACAAGUGCAAACUGGGCUUAGCAGAACUCUUCCCAAACAUAAAACCCAUGUCUUCCUCUUCUAAGACUGUAUUAAAUUCAUACGAUUGAUAAUAUACGACGAACUAACUUUACUACCAUUUAUUUGAAGGAGUUUGUUUUGGCCGUUGCCGUCACGUUGCCGUCCUAAAAUCGUAAGGUCUCUAAUAUCGUUCCACGGAGGCGGGAUAUUAGGCGGGAUAAAAACAGUUUUACAAACACAAAAUAAUUUAUCUCACUCAGCUGAGCUAUCUGGCAAAUUGGUCUCAUUUAAACAGGCCUUUAUUUUUAAUCUGUUCACAACUAAACAAAAUCUAACUUGUUGACUAUAACUAUGUUGAAUGAUCUUUCUCGUUUUUCGACAUAUAGCUACGUACAUAUUUAAAUUAAAAAAAAAACACAACUCGACUAUACAGAAAUUUUCAGUUGCGCCGUUAAUUAUCACCUACUUUAAAGACAACAAGGAAAAGCAGAAGAGUUUAAUACUAUAACUGGAAAAUACAUGCAUGCAGAAACCAUCUCCUUGCCGACAAAACCAUUAUAUUUUUCAAACAUGAAGCAUUUAAAGUAGUUGUCGUGGUAACACGAUAAUUUUAUUAAUUAAGAAUAUUUUUAUAAUUGAAAAAUGGCCUAAAAAUAUCACUUUUAAUUACACAAUUAUCAAUUUCCCAAACAUGUAUAUGUUAGGUAUGUUAUUUACGUAAUACAGGCUUCAAUUUGAAAGUGGAAGCACCGGAGUCAACAUGGACGUCUAACUUCGAGCUCUGCUAAAUUGUAACAUUUUUGUGUUAAAUCUUGGCUCAAUUUUUACGCGAUCUGUUUCAAAUUUACUAAAAUUAAUGACUAUUAAGCUUCUUUAUCCUUAAACAAGCUUAAAUCCCUCCAACUAAAUCCCUCCGAGUACAUCAAAGUGUAAAUUGAUAUCAGCCGAAAUGAAUCAAGAAAAUAAAGGAGGAAGUCUUAUAUACAACUUGUGUCUUAAUAGCAAGGGGAAAAUAUUAUGAACAGGAUCAAUUGAUGAACUACAAGCUUUGUAGAAGGAACGUUGAACUUAACGGGCGGGAAAUGGCUCUCUCUUGGAGGCGAUGCUAAGCUGUACCAAAAUUAAGUGGUAUAGAAACUCAAAAACGAUAACUGUCAGCGAGGACACCAUAGGAACAAUAGAGGAACAACUAAUGACAUUGGCCUCAAUUGCAAUAUCCCAAAACUUAGCUGACCAGAACACAAGAAUUACUAUUGACGACGGCAUGGACCCACAUUGUUAAUGAAAUAGAGAAAGAGUGUCUUAACCUAACAGCAAUAAAUGAGGUAUUUUCGUCUGAACUGAGUGAGGCGGAUGCUUUUGCACAAAUCUUAGAGAGAAUAUUAACUAUCGAGGAGAAGCUAUACACAAAAAUUGAUUACAUGGCACUGCAGGUAUGCAACUUAAAGAAGGCUGAUGACCUUCAUUAAAAGAUAUCACGUGACUAUAUUACGGAUAUAAAACAUGAGAAUGAAAAUCUCAAGAAAGAAUACACUGCCCUUAAAGGAAAAAUUGAGUAUACUACUAUGGUAAUGUCAGAUCUCAAUACCAAACUUAAAUUGUUAGAUGAGGAAAAGCAAUGUCUAGUGACCGCACGUAAAAUCUUACAAGGAAAAGAAAUUGCGAUGAACGACUGGCGUAAAAAUGAAAUUGGUGCCUCCACCAAUGUUGAUGAUAAAUUAAAACAAAACUCUGGCAUGGAAAAACGGGUUCAAAACUACAGUUUGAGAACAUACUUGAAUGCAAGAAUACGUUUGAUAUACUUACAGUAGAGGAUGAUAGUGAACAUACAGAUGUUGAUAAACAAGAAACUGUCGGGGAAGACUUGGGUACCGGUAUUCAAGUAGCUGAGGAGGAAGUCACUGUUGAAUGCAACGUGAUAAACGAACAAGAGCCUAACCGGAAAGACUCGGGUACACAGAUGAUAGAAGGUAAGCCAGAGUUACUACCAAAUAACCAUAAUGAUCUCCAAAACAACAUGAACUUAGAUCGAGAAAGCCAAAUUGUUAUUAUUGGAGACUCAAUAAUCAAAUAUAUAAUACCGAAAAAAAUAUCGAGUAGAAAUGUUACGAAAAUAACCUUUCCGGGCAAAACAGCUGAUGAAAUAUCUAACCAAUUAGACCAAAUCAAGUUAAAAUCAACACCCUCCCACAUUAUAAUUCAUGCUGGAACAAACAACCUGCCUGUUGACACAGCAGAAACCUGUGCUGAAAAAGUUGGGCAAUUAGCUUCUAAUUUAAAAACUAAAUUUCCAACAUCAAGAAUUGCAAUGAGGGUCCUGAAGGGGUAAAAUGGGAACUGGGAUUGAUCUAUUUUUAGACUGGGAAAAUGGGAUUUGGGUUGCUGGGACUGGGAUUUGGCCACUGGGAAUGGGAAAUGAAGUCCUCAAAAAUGGGAAUGGGAUUGAGGUAAUGCGAGUCGAUUCCCAAUUUUUCUACGUUUUAAGUAUUUUAAAAUACAAUUUUGAUCUGUUUUUGGUGUCUUUGGUCAUGAUUUUUGUUGUUAACUAUAUUAUUCACAGCACUACCUGCGAACAGGCAUACUCUGGCGCCCGGAAUUCGGGGUUUUCUGAUUAUGCGUGUCUCAGAAUGCUGUAAAUGCCAUUAACGGGAUUCAAAUUUUAAAAUUUCCUUCUUGCAAUAUCAAGCAUUGUUACCCGGGAAGACUGUGACCUAACAGAGAAAAUAAAGAAAACAAAUACACCAACCCAAACAUGUUUAAAUCAUUUAAACAUGUUUGGGUUGGUGUAUGUCAGGAUUAUGGUUUUAUAAUGAUGAUGUAAGACUGCCUUAAAAGGAUCCACCUAAACGCUAAAGGAUCUGCCUACUUAGCUGUCAAUUUCAUUAAAUUUAUUCGAGAAGGCAAUACAACGAACACGCAAACAAUUAAGAACAAGGCAAGGAAACAGAAAGUUUGGUCAGGAUUUUCAGACAAGCCAACUGUUACAACUGGGAAACUUUUUAACAUCUCUAGCCCCAUCAGCCCCCUAACACCCGAGUCACAGCAUGAUAAAGAUGUAACCUACUGCCCAAUUCAAAUGCAUGGGAAAACUAAAAGGUCUGAAACUUGGUAGUCUAUUAAAAAAUAUAGAACAUCUUCGUUGUAUUUUAUCACAGUACUCCUUUCACAUCUUUGCUAUCAACGAAUCGAAAUUGAUUCAUUAGUAAAUGACUCUGAAAUAAGUAUACCAGGUUAUAAAGUAGCUAGAAGAGAUAUAAAUAGAAAUGGAGGUGGUGUUGUAAUAUAUGUUCAAGAAUACCUCUCAAUUUUGCUUAGAAAUUACUUAGUUCCAAAUAAACUAGAAAUGAUCUGUAUAGAAAUUAAUCAACCUUUCAACAGGUCAUUUCUAGUUAGCACAUGGUAUAGACCACCUAAUUCAAGUAUGGAUCUAUUUGACGCAUACGAUAUUUUUCUUCUUAAUUGUGAUGCUGAAAACAAAUAACUAAUUCUAUUAGGAGAUAUAAACUGUGAUGUUGCUAAAUCCCCACCAGAAGCGCAUACAAUUAGAUUUCAAUCUAUAAAUACAUUAUAUAACAUGGCCCAGUUAAUAGAAGAACCAAUCAGGGUUGGGAGAACGUCUGCUACUAUAAUUAACCUUAUUCUGACAAAUGCUCCUGAAAAAUAUCUCAUGCUGGCAUCAUCCACGUUUGUAGAUCACAGCCUAAUAGAUGCGGUUCACAAAUUCAAACCACUUAAACGUAGGCCAACUAUUAAAAAAGUUCGUAAUUUUAAUUAAACACUUUUCUGUAACAGAAUUUAUAUCCGACCUAACCAAUAUUCCUUGACAAACCACUUUACAACAAAUGAUCCAAACUUGAGUUGGAAUAUCAGAACACUACAUAAACAUGCUCCUGUUAUAGACAUAUAAGAUCAGGGAAAUACACCAUUCCGUGGAUGACAGCGGCAAUAAGGUUAGCUAUGAGAAGAAGAGAAUACCAUAAGAAAAAAGCUAUGGAACUGAAAUCUGAUUCGCAUUGGCAUAAUUAUAAGUGAUUGCGUCAUAAAGUUAAUAAACUAAUACGUGAGACCAAAUCUACUUUCUAUAUUAACAAAAUAUCUGAAUGUGCGGACACUAAGGAUUUAAAAAAAUGCCGGCCUACAAUAAAUUCUCUUCUAGGGAAACAAAAUAAAUCCAAUUACAUUAGAGAGCUUAAAGUUGGUGAAAAUGUCAUCACGGACCCUAAUCUCAUUGCAGAACAUUUUAAUAAACACUUCAUCAACAUUGGAUUGUACCCUGAUGAGAAUGAUACGCCAAACGAAAGUGGAGAAAUCUUCAGUUCUCUGAUACCAACAUCCAUUCCCAAACUAAUGAUAAAUUUAAUUUUUCUCUGCUUAAGGUUGGUAGUGUCCUCUGUAAUUUGAAAAACCUCAAAGCCAAUAAAUCCACUGCCCUAGACGCCAUCACAGCGAAAAUACUAGUAAAACUAGCUGCCAAUAUUAUUGCCCCUUCCUUAUCGUAUAUUUUUAAUUUAUCUCUUCAAAGUG